AUGACGGGAUCUAAUGCUAUCCCUGAAGACAUUCAAGAGCUCCGAGUAGACGAUAUAAAUGAGCUUGCACAGACACGCGAGGCACUGGAAGGGCUAUGGGAGUCCAGUGAGAGGGGAAUUGCUAUUUUCAACGAGCAGAUUGCCAAGGGGAACACCAAUUUAGAACGGGCUCGGAAGACGGAGGAGAAGGCGGCAGCGGUGCUGCGUUUGCGACAAGAAGUGCAGAGACUUGCCGAAGAAAACGAAUCCAAAUUCGAUAUGUGGCAACGAGCCGAAUCAGAAAUGACCAACACAAUUGAGCCUUUCACACAGCCCCGGCUGGCCCAGCGGCUGUCUGCCGAAAUCAAGGAGUGUACGGCGCUUGGAGAAUCACUUCGAACAGCAUUGAUCGAGGGAAGCAUAAGCCUGCAGGCCUUUGUGAAGCAGUACCAGGCGAACCAAGUCAAAAUCCGCCGAUAUGAACACACGGUUUCCACUUUGAAAUGA